AUGCCGCGAGCGCCCCGGUGCCGCGCCGUGCGCGCCCUGCUGCGGAGCCGCUACCGCGAGGUGCUGCCGCUGGCCACGUUCGCGAGGCGCCUGGGGCCCGAGGGCCGGCGUCUCGUGCAGCGCGGGGACCCGGCCGCCUUCCGCUCGUUGGUGGCCCAGUGCCUAGUGUGCGUGCCCUGGGACGCGCAGCCGCCUCCAGCCGCCCCGGACUUCCGCCAGGUGUCCUCCCUGAAGGAGCUGGUGGCCAGGGUCGUGCAGAGGCUCUGCGAGCGCGGCGCGAGGAACGUGCUGGCCUUCGGCUUCGCGCUGCUGGACGGGUUCCGCGGCGGCCCGCCCGUGGCCUUCACGACCAACGUGCACAGCUACGUGCCCAACACAGUGACCGACACGCUGCGCGGCAGCGGCGCGUGGGGGCUGCUGCUGCGCCGCCUGGGCGACGACGUGCUCACCCACCUGCUGGCACGCUGCGCGCUCUACGUGCUGGUGGCCCCGAGCUGCGCCUACCAGGUGUGCGGGCCGCCGCUCUACGACCUGUUCACCACGCGACACGCGGGCCUCGAACCAAUACGCCGGGCCUGGACCGGCGGCGGCAGGGAGGCCGGGAGACAACGGGGCCUGCAAGCCCCCGGCGCUAGGCGGCGUCCGGCCAGCGUGGAGGAAAGUCCGCCUCAGGCCAAGAGGCCCAGGCGCGGCCCGGUCCCCGUCCCGCAGCCGAAACCAGACCGAGGACCUGACCGGCAGGCGCCCCGGGCCCACCUGGGCAGGGCGCGUGGGCCGGGUGACCGAGAGCCCAGCGCCGUGACACCUACCAGAGUCGCCGUGGAAGCCGCGUCUGGGGAGAGCGAGCCGCGCAGGACCGGUCGGCCCUUCCCACUGCUCCGAGGCGAGCGAGAAGCCAGCUGCCCAUCCUCUGGGCGGUCGCGUCCCCAGGAAGCGCUCGGUCCCCGAGCGUUCGCUGAUACCAAGCAUUUCCUCUACUGCUCCGGUGGUGGAGAACGCCUGCGCUCCUCCUUCCUGCUCAGCUCCCUGCGGCCCAGCCUGGCGGGGGCCCGGAGGCUUGUGGAGACCAUCUUUCUGGACUCCAGGCCCCUGCAGCCGGGGGCUCCCCGCAGGACGCGCCGCCUGCCCGCGCGCUACUGGCAGAUGAGGCCCCUGUUCCGGGAGCUGCUUGCCAACCAUGCGCGGUGCCCCUACGGCAGGCUCCUCAGGACACACUGCCCGCUGCGGGACACCCCAGUGGGGUCCGGAGACCAGGGGCACAGUGGAGCGGGCGCCUGCGGCCCGGAGGAGGACGCGGGCCCGCGGCGCCUGGUCCAGCUGCUCCGCCAACACAGCAGCCCCUGGCACGUGUAUGGGCUCCUGCGGGCCUGUCUUCGCCGCCUGGUGCCCGCAGGCCUCUGGGGCUCCAGGCACAAUGAGCGCCGCUUCUUGAAGAACGUGAAGAAGUUCGUUUCUCUGGGGAAGCAUGCCAAGCUCUCGCUGCAGGAGCUGACCUGGAAGAUGAAAGUGCAGGACUGCGCCUGGCUGUGCCAGAAACCAGGGGGUCGCCGCGUCCCGGCCGCCGAGCACCGUCGGAGGGAGUCGCUGCUGGCCAAGUUCCUGUGCUGGCUGAUGGGCACGUACGUUGUCGAGCUGUUGAGGUCAUUCUUCUACGUCACGGAGACCACAUUUCAGAAGAACCGACUCUUCUUCUUCCGGAAGAGCGUCUGGAACCAGCUGCAAAGCAUUGGCAUCAGACAGCACUUGGAUAGGGUACAGCUUCAAGAAGUGUCGGACAAGGAGGUCCAGCGACUCCGGGCAGCUGGCCCGGCUCUGCUCCAGUCCAGGCUCCGCUUCCUCCCCAAGCCCAGCGGCCUGCGGCCCAUCGUGAACAUGCGCUACGUCGUGGGGGCCGGGACCUUGCGCAAGGACAAGAAGGUGCAGCAUGUCACCUCGCAAAUCAAGACGCUGUUCGGCGUGCUGAACUACGAGCGGGCGCGGCGGCCCGGGCUCCUGGGCGCCUCUGUGAUGGGCCUGGACGACAUCCACCGGGCCUGGCGUGCCUUCGCACUGCGCGUGCGGGCCCAGGACCCCGCGCCCCAGCUGUACUUCGUCAAGGUGGAUGUGACGAGGGCGUACGACACCCUCCCCCAGGACAGGCUGCUGCAGCUCGUGGCCAACGUGAUCGGGCCCCCAGAGCACACCUACUGCAUGCGCCAGUAUGCCGUGGUGCAGAGGUCGGCCUGUGGACACGUCCGCAAGUCCUUCAAAAGACACGUGUCCACCCUCACGGACCUCCAGCCUUACAUGAGACAGUUCGUACAGCACCUGCAGGAGACGAGCUCGCUGAGGGACGCCGUGAUCAUCGAGCAGAGCUGCUCCCUGAACGAGGCCAGCGGCAGCCUUUUGGAUUUCUUCCAGCACCUGGUGCACAGCCACGUCAUCAGGAUUGGGGGCAAGUCCUACGUCCAGUGUCAGGGUGUCCCCCAGGGCUCCGUCCUGUCCUCCCUGCUGUGCAGCCUGUGCUAUGGGGACAUGGAGAGCAAGGUGUUCCCCGGGAUCCAGCAGGACGGGCUGCUCCUGCGUCUGGUGGACGAUUUCUUGUUGGUCACCCCUCACCUGACACAUGCGAAGGUCUUUCUCAGGACCCUGGUCAGGGGUGUGCCCGAGUAUGGCUGCGUGGCAAACCUGCGGAAGACGGUGGUGAACUUCCCUGUGGAGGACGGCACCCCGGGCGGCGAGGGUCCCCUGCAGCUGCCGGCCCACUGCCUGUUCCCCUGGUGUGGCCUGCUGCUGGACACACGCACGCUGGAGGUGCUCUGUGACUACUCCAGUUACGCGCGGACCUCCAUCAGAACCAGCCUCACCUUCAGCCGGGGCUUCAAGGCUGGACGCAGCAUGCGUCGCAAGCUCUUCAGGGUCUUGGGGCUGAAGUGUCACAGUCUGUUCCUGGACCUGCAGGUGAACAGCCUACAGACGGUUUGCACAAACGUUCACAAGGUAUUCCUGCUGCAGGCCUACAGGUUCCAUGCGUGUGUGCUCCAGCUCCCGUUCAAUCAGCGAGUUUGGAAGAAUCCCUCAUUUUUCCUCCGUGUCAUCUCAGACAUGGCGUCCCGCUGCUAUGCCCUUCUGAAAGCCAAGAACGCAGGGAUGUUGCUGGGGGCCAAGGGUGCCGCCGGCCCAUUUCCUUCCGAAGCCGCGAGGUGGCUGUGCCUGCACGCUUUCCUGCUGAAGUUGUCUCGUCACAACGUCACCUACAAGUGUCUCCUGGGGCCACUCCGGGAAGCCCAGUCGCAGCUGUGCCUCCGGCUCCCACGGGCGACACUGACCACCCUGCAGACAGCGGCUGACCCUGCCCUGACCACAGACUUCAAGACCAUCUUGGACUGAUGGUCGGGCUGGGCGUGGGCCCUUAACUCCUUCCCAGCUGUAUCUACCCAGAGCAUCUGGCCCCUGCGCCCCGAAACCCCAGGACUUGUGCUGCUGGCUGGGCCGCACCCGGGAGGGGGUUAGCCGGCAGGGAAGCAGGGCCCGUCCCCCAGCCCCCCUUUCUGGUCACAUUUCAUCCUUCAGCUGCCAGCCGCCAGGAGGAGGCAGUUGGGAGAGCCUGGCGGGGCAUUGGCAUCUGGAAGGGGAGUGUCAGUGACCUUUGUCACCCCCUUUGCUGUGGGAAACCCCAAUCUAGAGCAACGGCCCACGUGUGGCAGGUGUGGCUCCUUCUCUCUGACACGUGCAACGCUCAAAACAAGCUGCCCACACCCACCUGCAGUGGCACCCCACCCGCCGGCUGACCCCCCAGCCACAUCAAAGUGCAUCCAAAGUCCACACCUCAGGGCGCCUCCUGGAAGCAAAGGACCCCGUCAGCUGUUGCAGCCCCUGCGUGUGGCCACACCCAAGCCUCUCAUCUCGUCCGUCCCAGCGCCCUGCCCGGGCCGCCUGGAGCCAAGUGUCCUGCACACCCCAUCUGUCCAGCGCCACCACUUCCGGACUGUUCUGCUGGUUCCUGCUCAGCACUCAGCCUCCCAUGGU